ACAGGCCCCUAUCUCCGGAAAGAGCUGCGGAAUAGCGGCGGCGAUUUUUGCGGCGAGCCUUCGAGUUUCCUUGCGGCUGGAGGAAGAAGCUCAACGGCGGCGACAUGGUGGAGGAGGUGCAGAAGCACUCUGUACACACACUGGUGUUCAGGUCGUUGAAGAGGACCCAUGAUAUGUUUGUAGCAGAUAAUGGAAAACCUGUGCCUUUGGAUGAGGAGAGUCACAAGCGGAAAAUGGCAAUCAAGCUUCGUAACGAGUAUGGUCCUGUGCUGCAUAUGCCUACUUCAAAAGAGAACCUCAAGGAGAAGGGACCUCAGAUCGCAGCAGACUCCUAUCCUCAUAAGCAGUACCCUGCCAAUCAAGGACAAGAUGUUGAAUAUUUGGUGACAGGUACACAUCCGUAUCCACCAGGACCUGGUGUUGCCUUGACUGCUGACACUAAGAUCCAGAGAAUGCCAAGUGAGUCAGCUGCACAGUCCUUAGCUGUGGCGUUGCCAUCUCAGGCCAGAGUUGAUGCAAAUCGCGCUGCCCCUGCUGGAAAUGAGUACAGACACCCAGGGGCUUCUGACCGUUCCCAGCCCACAGCAAUGAAUUCCAUGCUUAUGGAGACCGGCAACACCAAGAACUCUGCGCUCAUGGCUAAAAAGGCCCCCACAAUGCCCAAACCACAGUGGCACCCGCCGUGGAAGCUCUACAGGGUUAUCAGUGGCCAUCUUGGCUGGGUUCGGUGUAUCGCUGUAGAACCUGGAAAUCAGUGGUUUGUGACUGGAUCCGCUGACAGGACUAUAAAGAUCUGGGACCUGGCCAGCGGCAAGUUAAAGCUGUCGCUGACGGGCCACAUCAGCACAGUGCGAGGCGUGAUCGUGAGCACGCGGAGCCCCUACUUGUUCUCCUGUGGAGAAGACAAGCAAGUGAAGUGCUGGGACCUUGAGUACAACAAGGUUAUCCGGCACUACCAUGGCCAUCUGAGUGCCGUGUACGGUCUGGAUCUGCACCCAACCAUCGAUGUCCUGGUGACCUGUAGUCGAGACUCCACGGCACGGAUCUGGGAUGUGAGAACUAAAGCCAGUGUACACACUUUGUCUGGACACACAAAUGCAGUUGCUACCGUGAGGUGCCAGGCUGCAGAGCCACAGAUUAUUACUGGAAGUCAUGAUACCACAAUACGAUUAUGGGAUCUAGUGGCUGGAAAGACAAGAGUGACACUGACGAACCAUAAGAAGUCCGUCAGGGCUGUGGUUUUACAUCCGAGACAUUACACAUUUGCAUCUGGAUCUCCAGAUAACAUAAAGCAGUGGAAAUUCCCUGAUGGAGGCUUCAUUCAGAACCUGUCUGGUCAUAAUGCGAUUAUUAACACGCUGGCAGUCAAUGCUGACGGAGUGCUUGUAUCUGGAGCUGACAACGGCACUAUGCACCUUUGGGACUGGAGAACUGGCUACAAUUUUCAGCGAGUUCAUGCAGCUGUGCAGCCUGGGUCUCUAGAUAGUGAAUCAGGGAUAUUUGCUUGUGCGUUUGACCAGUCAGAAAGUCGGUUACUGACAGCUGAAGCUGAUAAAACCAUUAAAGUUUACAGAGAGGAUGAGACCGCGACAGAAGAAACUCACCCAGUCAGCUGGAAACCAGAAAUUAUCAAGAGAAAAAGAUUUUAGUGUCUCCAUGGCUGUCCUUCUGCUCAUAGCUUGGUGUUGAUGAGGAGGUCCAGGCAUUUGCGGAAGCUCACUGGCAGAAAUCACUGCUGCUUUGUAUUUACAAUAAACUGCUCCCCGUGUCCCUCA